AUGAAUCAUCAGCAGCCAGACAGCGAGCUGGAGGAUGGACUCGAUGAUUUAUGGAACGCAGUGGAAGAGCUUGUUCGUGAUGAAGCCAGCGAACAAGAGUGCCGUCGGCAGGAUUACUUGCAGAAGCAGGCCAGUCGGGCUCAGCAACAGCGUGCUGCUAUGGACCUGUCCAUCCGAGCCAUGGCAGGAGAGCUUCUGGCGGAGCUUACGGUGAACGCAAACUGCACAGCUGGCCAGCUUGCAGGAGAGCUUGCAAAACUCGUUCCGCCUUUGCCGCGAACAGAGUACCGCCUUGCAGUAGAGACUGAGGCUCUGCAGCCGAGUGACCGCCUCUGCGAGCACGUGUACGAUGGGGCUGAGCUUACAGCUCUGGUGGUGGAAUCGCUGGAAGGUGAGUACUUCUGUCAGGCAAACCCGACUCGAGGUAUCACGCUGUGCCUGGAAGGGAACCGUCGUGCACGAUGUCAGGCAGAACGCAAGGUCGGCGGCUUAUGCUUUUACCACCGCGCAGAAGGUUCUUGGCAGGAGCGUUCCUGCGGCGACCUGACCUCUGUGUGGGUCACACUGGAUCAAGCAAUCGGUGCUAUGGAAGACUUCGUGGUGAGGCAUGAACUGGAAAUGGAGAAGUUGCAUGAUGGAGACCUGAGGGUGGUGAAAGGGGAGAUCCAAGGAGGUAGCCAGCUGGACCCUAACAUGCUCAUGGGGGCUCCUGGAAACAUCUUCAGCCGCUUCUGA